AGUAUUAUCGAAUGAGAGUCUUUAUUAAAGAAUAGUAAUUUCACAAUUAAAUGUACCUAUUCAAGAAUCAAUAUAUAUUUGACAUAUCUGUCAAAAAUAACAAAAAAUUAGGAUAUUUUUAAUUAUAUUAUUAUAACAUGGAAACUGUUAAUGAAGAUGCUUACGAUGAUUAUUAUUUAGAAUUAUCAUCUGAUCCAAUUAAAUUUGAAUCGGUCAGUUCUCUGACAAAUGUUUUUUUUGAUGAUUCGAAACAACAGGUAUUUGCCGUUCGAUCAGGCGGUGUAACAGGUGUAUCUGUCAAAGGACCAAAUCAAAAUAUAAAUUUCCGAAUGGAAGAUAAAGGUCCAGUAAUCUCUAUUAAAUUUGCUCCUGAUAUGAAUAUAUUGGCGAUACAACACAAUAAUUCUUCAGUUGAAUUUAUAAAUUAUUCACCGGUUGUUGGACUUGAUAACAUAGAAUAUUCACAGUCGUGUAAAGGAAAAAAUGCUACUAUAUUGGGAUUUGUUUGGACACACGGAAAUGAAAUAUUACUCGUUACUGAUUAUGGUGUUGAGUUGUUUCAAGUAAAUCCAGAAAAACGAAAUGUUAAAGUUUUGAAGUGUUUAAGUUUAGGUGUGAAUUGGUUCGUAUUUUGUCCACAAAGUUAUCUAGUAUUAUUAUCAUCUGGUACAAUAGGAAAUCAAAUGCAGACAUUGCAUGUAACACCUGGAAAUCUUCAUAAAUUAACAAAAUUUGAAGUGGAAGCUGGUACAGCAAAACCAGGAAAAUUGAUUGUUUAUGAGAGAGACGUAGCAUUGGCAGUUUUAUAUGGGACACCAUGCAUAAUUUUGUUACGUCAUCAACCAGGUGCUAAUCGUUCUACUGGAACUGCUUCUGUAUAUGUAUAUACUGUGCAUAAAAUGACAACAAUCAGAAAGAGUCAUAUCUUAAAACUUGAUGUUAGUGGUAAAUUUGCCAUUAAUGUUGUAGAUAAUCUUAUUAUUGUUCAUCAUCAAACUACAAAAACUUCCAUGAUUUUCGAUAUUAUGUUACCGGGUAUAAGCGACGGUACAGUAAUGCACCAUACUAGCGUAGCACCCGCAAAACCUAUUAAACCAUAUAAUUUGAAAGUUCCAGGAACAACUUUAACAAAUGAAACUUAUCAAUCAUGCCAAUUAUAUUCACCAAAUUGGGUUGUUUUCCAGCCAAACAUAAUAAUUGAUGCAAAAUUAGGUUGUCUUUGGUAUAUUGAAUUAAAAUUAGAAUCCUUAGUAAAACUCAUUACAGAUAAAGUUUUAUUAGUCGAAUUUUUAAUGCAACGAACAAACACAAAAUACAUAUUGAUACAUGUGUUACAAAAUUUUAUGAUGCAAUUGCCUAUUAGUUUAAUGGAUAUGCCGAUUAUAUUCGAUAAAUUGAAUUCUGUAUAUAGAAAUUAUCUUGAAGAUGAAAUACAAAAUCAGAUGGGUACCCCGUUGCAAAAUACCGUGAAAAACCAAAGCAUGGUAGUAGAAAAUUAUAAAUAUAAAUUAUUAUUAAAUCAAAGCGAUGUAUAUAGUUAUAUUUUAUCGAAAUUUCCUGAAAACACAAUUGAACCAAAAAUGAUUGUUUGGAUUCUUCUAGAAUAUAUCAGAUCAUUAGCGGAACAUGGUAUACCCGUACAGCAUUAUUUACAUGAAUUAGUUAUUACAACAUUAGUUCAACGUAAAGCAUAUUACCAACUGCACCAGUUGUUACAAUAUCAUGUAGUUGCAGAUUCAAAACCUUUGGCGUGUUUAUUACUUUCUUUAGAAAAUCUAUAUCCAGCAGCUCAUCAGCUUGCUUUAGAUAUGCUGAAACGAUUAGGAAAUGCUCAUGAAGAAAUAAUUGAAGUACUUUUAUCAAAAGGAUAUAUUUUACCAGCAUUACGUUAUAUUCGAUCAGUUGGAAUGGUAGAUCAAAUAUCCGAUAGAAAAUUUUUGGAAGCAGCAAAAGCAACAGGAGAUGCAACGCUUUUUUAUUCAGUUUUCAAAUUUUUUAAACAACGUAAUUUACAUUUAUGCAAUGCUACAACUUUUACAAAAGGAGAACGUUAUCAACCAUAUAUUCAACAUUAUAGAUAUUUGUUCGAAGGAAUAGACAAUGAUUGUAACUCAGACACAAAUUCUAACGUUACUACAAUUUCUUAAUAAACGAUCUUUUUUUUGUUCCUUUCUAAU